AUGUCUUCGCGACAGUCGCGAUCGAACCAAGCCCCGCCGCCCGCGUCCGGCCGACAGAAUGAAUACUUCGUACCCAGGGACGGGAUCGACCGUGAAGUCAUCACUGCCGAUGUCUGUCGCUACCUAGGCAACGACGCCCUGGUGCGCCCAGGCGUCUACGAGAGUCCGCAAACGGGCCAGGUCGUCCAGGGCUACUACAUCACAGCCUACAGAAAUCUAACCUCAGCCAUGAUCGAAGAUUUGAAGGCAGACUCUGCGCGAUGGGACCAAGAAAGGCGGCAGCAAACUGCGCGCAAUCCCGUUGGAGUGCAGUACCGUAACUCGGCCACGCACGAAUCGCGCCAGUACUACGGGCCUACAGGAGGUGCCGAUUCCACUUACCAGGAUAACUCCCGGGACUCGUAUGAUGCCACCCCUAGAUAUCCAGGCACUGGCAGUGCAGGAUAUUCCGGGGCUUCUGGAGGCUAUCCACCUCAGUCAUAUGGUGGGAACCAGGGUGGGUAUGGCGGCCAAGGGGGCUAUACCACAGCCCAGCCGCAACAAUUCGCCCAGUCGCCUGCAGAUGUAUCCUACCCAGGAGGUGCUGCAAUGUCUGGUUCUGGAUUCGGCCAGCCGAGCGCGGAACGACCCUACACCCAGACCGGUGCACACAUGGCUGUCAGAGGUGGCGAUACACCGAUGUAUGGUACUAAUGACCCAUAUGCUGCCAGUCCCAGGGACAGGAUACCAGUGACAACAAUGGCACAAGGCCGGCCGACGUAUGUAACGUCGGGACCGCCGCCGUCACAGGGAUUUCCUGCUGCCGCAUUUUCGGGCUCACAAUUUGUCCCGACCGACUCGAGAGACCCUUUCUAUGGACGCGCUUCGCCAGCAGGCAACCCAGCUUAUGGCACCACACAUGAUUCACAGUAUGACACAGCUCCUGCUCCCCGUGCCUCGGCGCCUCCUUCCAAUGCUCAGAUGGCAUCCAGCGGAUCUUCCUCGCGCCAUAACCGGGAGAGCGUUGAGCGUGACCGCCAUGCCGAGUCGAGACAUCGUCAUCGCAGUGGACGGUAA